AUGGAACAAAAUGUCCUGGAGCAAAUACUUGAGGGCAGCAUGGAGCCAACACAUAUUCCGCUAGUAACUUUAUGGAAAAUCACUGACGGGUUUUCCCCGGAUAGAAUAAUCGGUGAAGGGGGAUUCGCAACGGUUUAUAAGGGUGUUGUUGGGAAUUGGAGUGUUGCUGUGAAGAAGAUCAGGAGCGUCAAGACAAUUGAUGACAAGCUCUUUCGUCGUGAGGUUGGCAGCCUACUGGAGGUGAACCAUCCAAACGUAGUUCGGUUUCUCGGCUUAUGUUCUGAUACAGUGGAGACACCAAUGAAAAACCCAGAUGGCAGAGGAUAUAUUUACGCCGAGGAAAGAGAAAGAUUAAUGUGUUUUGAGUAUAUCACUAAUGGGAGCCUUGACACAAAAAUUACAGAUGAAUUAAGAGGCUUUGAGUGGGAUAAGCGUUAUAAGAUAAUUAGAGGAAGUUGUGCGGGUCUACAUUAUCUACACAUGGAAAAACAUAUUCUUCAUAUGGAUCUAAAGCCUGCCAACAUACUACUAAAUGAUGGACUGGUGCCAAAGAUUACGGACUUUGGUCUAUCAAGACCAAUAGAUUGCUCACAAACUAUGGCCGAAAUGCAUUUUUCACUAGGCUAUUGCGCUCCGGAAAUCCUGUUUGGUGGUAGGAUGUCCCCCAAGUCAGACAUGUAUAGUUUGGGUGUCAUAAUCGUCGAACUGGUGACAGGACAUAAGGGUACCCCUGAUAAGGAUAAUGUAAGAGUGUUUUAUCUCGUGACGGAAAAACACUUCUUUAAGAAUCAUGUUUCCGUUGCAUGUUGUGGCUCCUACUGA